AUGUCUGGCAAUGGUAUCACCAACCUUCCGAUCCCCUACCGUCGUGCCCUGAACAUAGGCAAGCAAUCGCGAGCAGGUGCUUUAGGGCUUCUCGCUUAUGAUCACUUCAUAACCUUGGACAGGGAAAUCGAGCUCAUUUGGCGGCAGGAUAAAAAUCGCCAGGGAUUCUGGCUCUUCGUUUUUAACAGGUUCUUUCCACUGCUAUGGUUGAUCUUCGACACCAUACCUCUCGCCCGCAGUGGGAUCGUCUCCUCGAAGGUUUGCAUCAUAUAUCUUAUGUGCGAUGAUAUUGUGACGCUUUUGAUCACUAUAUCCGUACAGUCCAUCCUGCAACUCCGAGUUUAUGCUCUAUACGGGCGAAGCCGAAGAAUGCUCAUCUUUCUAGUAUGUUGUUGUACUGUUGAAAUCGCAAUUAUGGCGGUCCUGGUAGGUGUUACUAUGAGGAAGAUAUCCCAUCUUCCGGUAGUGUCGACACCGACCGGUUGCUACUAUUCGGGGAUCUUUAGCCUCUCCGCGUUGUUCUGGAUCCCUAUCCUCAUUUUUGAGCCUAUACUAUGUUUGCUCAUAUUGUGGAAGGCAUGGGGCGAGGAAAUUAUGUAUCGCUUCGGUUUGGGGCUUCGCGAAUUUGAUGGGCGACCGAAGGCGACGUCAACCCCACGCAUGGUCAAGCUCAUUGCUCGUGACAGCUUGAUGUACUUUUUGGCAAUAUUCGUGGAGCUCCUGAUCAACACUAUCAUUUGGGCAAAGUUCAAUCGGUACAUUAACAUCGUCAUGCCUUGGUCUUGCACACUCCCGUCAAUAUUCGGAUCUCGCCUCCUCCUUAAUAUGCGGGAAAUGGUCCUUGACAAGGGAGAUCAUAAUUCAUACAUCUUGGAGACGUUUGCAGUCGCGGAAGGUCAAAUGGAGCAUAUUGACGCUAGCAGCUCGAUCACGAUGGAUGCCCCGCGCAGGAACAGGAAUAGCAUUGGGGUCGACUCCGCAGGCGAAUAACUCUCUUUAAAAUUCUUACUCGAUUGUCUGCUCGUGAUUAUUAUGUGUUAUUGCAUCGUAUUGUGAACUAUGUUCGAUGGGACUUCAUGUACUUUGUACAGCAUUGACGCCAGAUCCUCCGUUUUGCACAAGGACACCGCGCACUUCUGCAGCUUACAUUCUCUAAAGAGAAUUAGGAUACAAUGACUAGCUAUAGAGAACUAUCAUCCAGAUCGGC